CAUAUUAAAAUAAUACAAAAUUUGCCUCUGUUGAUCAUUUUUAAUUACAUUUGCUACGUAAUUUUCAGAUCACGUGACUAAGCAAACACGUGGUUUUGUUUAUUUUGAAUUCUCAGUGCACAUGUUUUAUCGUGAGAAUCUACUUAUACGUAGUUUGUGUAGAAUUCCUUCGAGGAAAUAUGAUUUUAAUAGUAGGAGACGGUAACUUUUCAUACAGCCUUUCACUGGCACAGAAGUGUACAAACGUCUGCGCAACUUCCUACGAAAGUUAUGACUUGUGUCAGCAGAAAUACGGAGAAGAAGCGAAUAAAAAUAUGACAGAACUAAAGCGACAUGGUGCAAUAGUUUUGAACGGAGUUGAUGCUACAAAAUUACAUCAAAACUUGUCCGAGUUUUUGCCCAAAAAAUUUGAGAAAAUCAUUUUUAACUUUCCUCAUACUGGUAGAAAAGCAAGCAUUCGAAAAAAUAGGGAAUUAUUAAGGAACUUUUUUCUAUCUGCGAAAGAAGUUUUGGACCAAUGGGGUAAAAUUGAAGUUACUUUGUGCUCUGGUCAAGGAGGAACACCUUUUGAUACACAGAGGAGGGAAACCUGUAACCAUUGGCAGAUAGUUGGAAUGGCUGCAUAUGCUGGGUUGGUUUUGAACAGUGUUUCCCAUUUUAACCCUGAUGAUUAUACUGGCUACACUUGCACUGGAAGAAGAAAUGCAGGAAAAGAAUUUGGCAUCACUGGUGCUAUAACACACACGUUUGUAGCAUCUGAUGUUUUGCCUGUUUUACAUUUUAAGCAAGAUUGGAAGAUAUAUCCCACACAAGCAAUUUCCAUUCACCAUCAAGUAAAUUCUGACGACUUACAAAAAUUUCCAUCCUCAGUUCAAGCAAGAUUAAACUUGUUAAGAAACUCCAACUUCCUGGCUCAGAAACAAAUUUCCAACACAAUAAACAAGAAGUUAAACCUAAAUAAUGACCUGCCACAAAAUGUAUUAUUUAAAGAAAGAGAUACUUUAGUACAAUUUAGUAAUUUAAAGAUUUCAAAAUCAAAUUACUGUAGUUUAAAUUGUGUACAGUAUUUCUGCUAUGUUGAAUCUUCACAAUCGUUCAUGCAGUUUUGUGAUCAUCCAAGUUUAUUGUGCUUAUCUGAUGAAAUGCAGCUGGGAAGAUUCUCUUUUCAAUGCGCUGUUUUGAGUCCAGUAGUCAAUUCUUUUGACAAACAAGGAAUUUUUCAACAUGGCUGUUUUCAAUACCACUAUGUGCUUAUGGAAAAAUCAAACUUGCAAAGAAAUUCUUCGAAAGAGGUCCUUGAUGCAAUAGCAUCCCUAUUUCCAAAAUCAAAUUCUAGAUUUUCAAGUGAACAAAUCAGUCCGAAACCCAAACCCAAAAAUGAUGAUUUAUGUAAAAUAUUAAAAGAACUGAAAUUUUCUGAAAACUUAACAAAAACUAUAACUGCAACUUGUAAGCCGCACAAUGUAGUAAAUUUAUUAAUUGGGCAAAACCCAAAUGGUUCAAAAUACGGGUUCGGAUUCCAGGUUCACAUUUCGGAUGGUAAUACUUUUACCUCAGUGUCUGUAAUUGACAUGGACACUUUGUGCUGUAUUCUAAUACCUGGCCUGGAAACCUUACACACUUCAGUAUUAUGGUCUCUGAAUAAAGAAACACAAAGCAGGAUAAAAGCAGCAUGUGUUGGAAGUGUAGAUUAUUCACCAUUGUCAACUUUCCCACAAGUCUACUCCUUUCAUGUCAGUUUCUGGUUGCCAAAUGAUGAACAAACAUACAAGGACAGAUCUCACCAAAUUUUUACACAACUUGUAGAGGUUUUAUGGAAUAUUUGCGAUGGCGCCCUUUAUUCUGUCCGUUUAACUGAUGUUUACACUCCCACUGCUCCUGUACCACCCCUAGCAACUUUAGAACAUGAUCAUAGUGAUACAAGAACAAGCCAUUGUUAUGAAAUUAAGCUUAAAUCAUAUGACUUCAGUUUAUCACAAUCUGAUGCGAACACUGUGGAAAAUAUUGUGAGAAAAAGUUUACCUGGUUUGAUAAAUGUGGUCAUUAGAUAAUUAUUAAAGAAAAAAUAUUUUCAGUCUUAUUUGUAUCAUUAAAUUUUUACAACCCUUGAUUUUAUUCACUGCAUUUUGUAUUGCAAAUGUUUUUUAAUGGAGUUACUAAAUAAAACAGGUGAAUCUUU